AUGAGAUUUGUGCUCCAGCUUUUAGCCAAAUAUUUGUACGUAUUAUAUCAUGCGGUCAACCCAAGUUUUUCACUGCCAGUGCUAGAAGUUCAAAAUGAAUCACACGUGGUUCCUAUUAAGCCAAGGACAAAACCAGAAGCCAUAUCUGAGCAGGUGGUAAACUUCUUCCAUCCUGUGACAUGUUGGCCCAAAGGAAAUCAGGGAGCGGUGGCUUGCAAAGCUGGAGAUUAUAUCAACAAGACAUUGUGCCUAGAACACAAAUGUUGUGUUUCUUCCAUAAAACUUAUUCGGUUGGACUGCUAUACUCCAUUUGAAGACCGUCCUCAACAGAUUUUGAGAAUAUUUGGCGUUGGAAUUGGAGGAACGAUGAUUGUUGCAUGUCUUCCAUUUUGCUGUUUCAUAGUAGAGAGAAGCCCGUGUGCGAAUCCUUUGCGUAGAGCCCCCAAAGAAGAUGACACUGAAGAAGAAAGUGAGGACAGUGAGGACACUGAAGACACCGAGGAGAGCAGCGAUAGCCAGUCUGCAGAUUGA